ACCUGUUAGAUUUUCAUUUAAAUUGUUUGUUGUCAUUUAAUUGCAAUUACUAGGAAACGAAUGCAUUUUUAAUCCAGUUACCGAAGUGUUCAUUUGAUUGUAAUUUUAUUUUUGUACAAUUUGUUUAAUUGUGUUUGUUGUUGGUGAAAAUGUCACAAAGACCAUCGGAAGAGAUUGACUCAAAGCCUCAAUCUUAUAUUGUUUCACCAACGUCAACAAUUAACAGUUUAAUUUCUGAUCAAAAUUCCCUUUCGUGUUUGAUUGAUUCAAUUUCCGUUUCCAAUUUUCUACAAGGUUUGACCAUUAAACUGCCAAUCAUUUGCACGUUACCCGAACGGCUUGGUUACUAUUCAUGCCGUUUACGAAUUGACGGAGAAACGGACUCGUAUCACCCGAAUAAGGCAUCGCUCCUCUAUUUGAGGUCAGAUUACCGUCAACUUAGAAACGUUGACCUGUUUGACGGAAUUUCAUUUGAUAGAACAAGACGAAUUCUUCCCGAGACUGAACACAUUUUCCGUUGGCUUCACGAAUCUCCCGAUUAUGAGUCCUUUUCGGACAUUCAGUUUGUUUGUUCAACCUCGCAAAUUUUAAGCUCAAUGCUGAGUAUCGCUUACAAUGGAAGCGCUUCUUGGUCAUUACUUGCAAUCAGAAUUGGCCGGACAAUUUACUUGACCAUUAGAGAUCCAAACAUUUACAUUAAACGACCUGGACCAUUGAACGCUACAAAAUUAGCAAAUGCACAUGUUGACCGGAAGUUCACCGAGUUGGUUGCACUUCAAGCUAACGGUAUGAGGUCAAGAACUUCACCAAGUGGUAAUCGUGAUUCAUUUUACACGGCCAACAAACUGGACAUUGGACAAUAUAAGAUAAUCUAUCCUAAUCGUGUUGAUUGUAUCGUCGAUUCCGAGCAAUACAAUCAACCAAUUGAACAAAUGAAAUUUGCUCUACUUCGUAAUCGACCUUGCGAUUGGGAUCAAGAACCUGAUGCCAAUGUUACUCGAGCGAUUAGUUGGUGGAUUUCAUCAUUUCUCUCCGGUGCUGAGACAAUAAUUAUUGGAGAAAAAUCUAAAAUAUUCGAGAUUCGAGAUAUAACCACAAUGAGAGUCGAUGAUCUGUUGAAAGUUCAAAGAUCAAAUGGCUUCAAAUGGACACCGAAAAAGUGUAUCGAUUAUUUAAAGAAAGCGCUAGCCUACAUUGACCAUCGCGUUGAAGAGGCAAAGGUCGUUUAUCGUUUCCGUUGGAAUGGAACUCGGCAAAACUUUGAGCACAGAAAAUUAAGAGAAUCACCCAGAACUUUUAUUCCUCACUGGUACCAUGUUCAUGGAAAACUUUCUUAACUUAUCCUCGAAAUUAGCACCAUUUUAUUGACCAUAAUUCAUAUUCAUCGUCACAACAAUUUGGACUUUAAUGACCUUUAACGCAACUCGAAUGUUCAAAUUAUUUGGAUUAAGAUUAAUAACUUAAUUUACUCACAAUUUUUGAUCUCAUUUUAACAAACUGACCAUUGGAAUAUGAAUAAUUAAUAAAUCCAAUUACUUGACCAAUUAAGACAAUUGUUUGUAUCGAUUUAUUGAUUUUAUUGGAUUAAAUUUCCACCCAAAAUAUUUACAAUUAAAUGGAUUGGUGAUUGAAUUUGAUUUCCAACUCGAUUUGUUUGAUCAGAUUUGUUCACGUUGAUCAAUACAAUUGGAUUACGAUUAAUUGUGACGUUGAUUUAGUAUCAAGAUAAGAGUUGAUAUCUUUGUACUCGAUACUUAAUCACAUUUAUAAAUUGCUCAACAAUUUAGUCUAAUUGUUUCAGUUGAAUUUAAAUUGUUUCCCAGUUAACACCGAAUCUUAAUUGUUGUUUAAUUCUUACCAAGGUUAAAAUGACUGAUUCUCAAGGAUCUAAUUCAUCUGAGGAAAUUGUCAAUACAAAUGACAAUUUAAUUUCUCCACCAUGUUUAAUAACAAAAUUAGUUGACGCUUUUUCGGUUUCAAAUUUUCUCCCGUCAAUUUUGACCUUGCGAUUACCGAUUAUUUGUGCUUUACCCGAGCGACUUGGUUACUUUUCUUGCCGUGUCAAUCCUAAUGGAGGGUCAGACAUUUACUAUCCAGAUAAAUCGUGUUUACCUUACCUGAGGCCAGAUUAUUUUACUUUCAAGAACAUUAAUCUACUCGAGAAUGUGAGUGAACAGUUUUCGUUUUCAUAUCGUAUUCCCGUUGAGACUGGACACAUAUUACAAUGGAUUCAGAAUUCACCUGAUCGCGGUUUGCGGUCAAAUUUCAACUUCAUCUGUACAACUUCACGAGUUUUAAGGUCAAUAUUAAAUGUCCCUUAUAACGAUGGUGUUUAUUGGACAACGAUCGCCAUUAAACUUGGAUCGACCAUUUAUCUUUUCUUCCGUGAUCCAAAUACCCGAUCUCGAGCCGAUGAAUUUCUCAAUACUGCAAAGGUUAAAAGCACCAUUACUGGUUUACGAUUUUCCGAAACGAUAACAGUUAAACCCAAGGAAAUGAGACAACAAUUUAACCUUAACGGGAAUCAGAAUAGUUUUUACACUGUCAACCAAUUGGAGAUUGGUAAACACAAGAUACUUUAUCCGUGUCAAGUUGAUUGUACCAUUGAUCAUGGUGAAUAUGCUAAACCGUAUCAGGAGAUGAAAUUUGCUCAGAUCAAAAGUCGAUCCUGUCAAUGGUCAAUUUUACAGAAGGAAAAUCAUCAGAUGGUCAAAACAAUCGCUUGGUGGAUCGGCUCAUUUCUCAGCGAUUCAGAGACAAUUGUUUGCGGUGAAAGAUCAAAAUCAUUUACGAUUCGUGAUGUGACAACAUUUAGAUCCGAUUCCUUGUUACAUGUUCAAAGUGCCAAUAUCAAUUGGACACCGAAAAAGUGUCUCGAUCAUUUAGAUGCUAUUUUAACCUUCAUUGGGUCAAAGGUUGACGAGGAAAAAGUUGUCUACACUUUCAAAUGGAAUCGAAUCGAGCAACAGAUCAGAUAUUACAAAUGUUCGACCCCAAUUUCGAAAUUCUUUCCAUACUAUUACCUAAGAGAUCUGAUCUAGUUCGAGAUUGAACCAUUGAAACAGAUUCUAUUGCAAAAUUAGAACCCAAACCCGAAUUUCUAUCAUCAGUAUUUAAGAAUAACCAUAAUUUUAGCGACGAUUAUUUUGACCUUCGACAAACAACUAACGAAUGUACUUUUAUCAAACUAUUUUAUAUUCAGAAAUUUUCACGAGAUUAAAUGAAUUAAUUUAUGCAAAGAAAA